AUGUCGCCGGGCCAGGUUUGUUUCUCCUCUUUGUGUUUGCUUGUUACACUCUUCAUCUCUUGCUUGUGGAAAGGAGUGGGGAACUCUGUUAAGAAAGACUCUCAGGACAGUUUAACUAGUGGUGGAAGCCGCCAGCAGCCUGAGCAACAGUUUACACAACCACAGCUGCAACAAGAACAUCCUCAUCAUCAACAAGAACAUCCUCAUCAUCAUGAACAGCAGCAACAAGAACAUCCUCAUCAUCAUGUGAAACAGCAGAGUCAUGUUGAGUUUCAAGAUCAAGUCUACGAGGAAGCAGCAGAUCAUGGACAACAUUUCCACAUUGAUGACAAGAACAGACAGGGGCAGCAGCAGCAGCAGUCCCAGCAACAGCAGUCUCAGCAGCAGCAAUCCCAGCAACAGCAGUCCCAGCAACAGCAGUCCCAGCAACAGCAGUUCCAGCAGGAGAACAGACACAAUGCUUUGCAUCAGCAGCCACAAUCACAACUACCACUGGGACAGACAGACCAGGAUAAGGCAAGAGCAAACGAGGAGGAGGAGGUGUUGGUAUCCCACACAGAGAAUGAGCUCCACCAGCCCACCCUGGGGUCAGAUCAUUCUGACAACUCAGAUUCUGGGGAUGCUUCUGAUGAUAAAUUAAGUAGUGAUGAUGAUGGCAGACUGGAGGCACCACAUGCAGACCAGUUGCCGUUGGGUACGGCAUCACUGCCUGACCAGCACCAGCAGGCCCAGGGUCAGCAGAUUCAGGCUCAGGCCCAGUUUCAGCAGCCUGAAGAUCCACUUUCACAGCAGCGAGCUGACAAUCCAUCACCCCACCAGCAGCUGCAGCAGCCUCCCCCUGGGGUUAUCGUGGACGAUCCACAUGUGGGUGAUGCUGACGACAAAGGUCAAGAUGAAAGUUUAUCUGAUGCUGCCAAAAGUGGAAGCUCAUUUGAAUACAGGCCAGAAGAAGCUGAAUACAUUCCCACAGAAGCUGAGAUUGAAG